AUGUUGACCGCCAUUGAGGCAGAACGUUCCAAAUUGAUGGCUGCCCGCGCGGAGCGCCUGAGGAUUUGGAAGGAACGCUCAGACCUGGAAAAACAACUGCAGGACGUCGAUCAGGAACGAUUGCUGGUGAGCCGCCAGGUGCCCGGCCGCAACAUCCCUGAGAAGAGGCCUGACCCAAUGGAGAGGCCAGUGGGGAAGGGUGUGCCACAUGAGACGGUGCCCUCGGUGGUCAGUGGGAUGGAUCCUGCGCGGUGGGCACCGCAGAGCACCCCCAGCACCGGCUUCAGCGCACCGAAGCAUUGGUAUGUCCCACAGCAUGAGGAGGCGAUCCCAGCAUUGGGAGGAGUGCAGGCAUCGGUGACGGUGGCUCCCGGCGCCGGGACCACCGUGGCAUUCGCGCGGAUGGUGUGUGAGACGGGGAGUGUAGCGAGUGCUGCGAUGCGAGCCGUUGGAGUUGGGGAUGGUGUGACGUUGAUGGAUUCACCCUGCUAG